UCGUGUUUCAGGGAAGCCUGCUGCACCAACCCAGCUGAAAUUUACUGGUAAAACUCAGCUCAGCAUUGAUAUAUGUUGGCGUCAACCAACAGGGGCAGAGUAUUUCGACAUAGAUGGAUACAUAGUCAGCUACAAGACUUUAUCCGAUACGCAUUACAAAACAAAGAAGAUUUUAUCGAAUUCUUUAAAUCUUCAGUUGAAAAAUCUGAAGAGUGAAACAUUAUACGUCAUUAAAGUGCACGGAUUUAAUGAUGAUGGUGAUGGAGAACAUAGUGAAAUCGAAGUCAAAACUAACUCAUGGGGUAAGUUUUAGAAAAAAAAUGUUUUCAAAAGUAUCAGGGACCUGUUUGUUCAAUACACGAUUAGCGCUACCUUGCAUUUCUGCACUUCUUGUUGCAAGGUUGGUCCAACAAGUCCGAUUUUACAAUACCGUUACAACCUUGUGUCGUAUACCUUGUCCCCGAGCCAACGGCGCGGAGCGCUAUUCCGGGCGUAAGCCCGGGGCGAGGGUACUAAUUCCGCUGGCUUUUUACACCCGGGGAAAGGAAAGCACUAGCGAAGUAUAAAGUUGAUCAAGUAUCGCGGGCGCGUGACUAUGGUUUAUGGGUGGACCUCACUGAUCUCAAAAAUAUGGCUGUUUGCCAGGAGUGGGAUAAGCAAGAUUUAAAUUUUCAAAACAUAUAUUUGGAAAAUCGCGUUUCCGAGUGAUUUUACACAAUGAGCUUUAAAGCAAUUAAAUUUAAAAAAUAAGAAAAAGUUAUGGACUAUGGGAAAUCGUGAAAAAUGGGGCAAGUUUGCUUUAAGUGAUUAAUGUUUAUGAAUUUUGUUGCUUUAGCUUUUGCUAAAACAUGAACUAUUUUCCUUUCCAACGAAGCUGUAAGUUUCCUAACUAAAUUAUCCUGCUUAGUUUAAGAAAAAAAACUUAAAAUGUAAAGGAGAACAAAUUGAUUUGAAGUCGGAACUGAAAUUACCGAAAAAUUUGAACUUAUUAUGUUUGCGGCAAAUGUAGUUUUAAUAAUUACGAAAUUAACGUUUGAAGUUAAAUUUUAAUUACAUUAAAUUAAAUUAAAAGAGACAAAAAGCAGAAUAAUAUACCUAUAGUAUAUAUUUCGGAAAUUUAUUGUUGUAUAGCUAAAAGUCCUAAUCUUUCAACUAAUUUGCCUUUUUUUACAAAACGAGCCUGCGUUCAGUAUUGGCCAUUUCCAAAUACUUCAUGUUAAUUUGAUGUUUAGAAAACAUAGGCGAGGAGUUGCUGCAUGCAUGUAUUUCUAGUAGCAUUCUUGUUAUAUUAUCAUGACAGCAUGCAUCAGGCUUGUCAGAACAAUCUUGUAACAAUUAUUUUAAUGCCAUCAAGUUUGUCAACCGCUUGUUCCAAACUCGAAAUAAAACUUGAAUGGGAACACUUGUCGACAGCUUGUGAACAGAUUUGUAACAACUUGUGAGUUUUUUACGUGUGUACCUGUGAUGUUAGCGCCUGCUUAUUAGGAGGCUGUCAACAUUGUUUCAUCUUAAUUUAGAGCCAGUUUAUAUCGUGCUUGGUGUUGCUGGCUGUUAUGAUACGAUGAAACAAGUCACACAAUGUUGAAUAAAAGUAUUUUGUAUAAUAGAAGAGACCUUUUUAAGUAGGGCCAAGUAUCAACAAAAAAUAUUUAUAAGUUAACACAAUCCCUAGCAAAACAAUCCCCUAUAUAUGUUGGGGUGCCCCAAACCAUUUCCAGAGCCCGUUGAUCUAUAGUUCAUUAAAUGUCUGAACCGUCAUGACUGCAUUCAUCAGGCUUGUUAGAACAACCUUGUAACAAUUCUUUUAAUGCCAUCAAGUUUGUAAACCGCUUGUUCCAAACUCAAAAUAAAACUUGUGGGUUUUUACGUGUGUACCUGUGUGUUAGCGCCUGCUUAUUAGGAGGCUGUCAAAAUUGUUUCAUCUUAAUUAUAGAGCCAGUUUAUAUCACAUUUGGUGUUAUUGGCGGAUUGGCUCUUGUUUCCUUUGGCACUAUUUGUUGUGUACAUAUAUGUAAAAAAAUUGGAAAAUACUGUCGCCAUAAAGUAAGGUGGA